AUGUAUGUAAGAAAGGUGUACACUCUGGUCUUUUUACGUGAAGACAGUAGACUAUUAUUGGGCUUAAAGAAACGUGGCUUUGGUAUAAACAAGUGGAAUGGUUUCGGCGGGAAGCUAGAGCCAGAGGAAACCGUAAUAGAUGCUGCAGCUCGCGAGUUAAAAGAAGAGUGUUGUAUAAACGCUAAAGCGAGUGAUUUAAAGCAUAUCGGAAACUUGGAAUUCACAUUCGAAGGAGAGUCCACCCUGAUGGAUGUGAAAGUGUUCACUUCAAAGAUUUUUAAUGGAGAACCACAGGAAACAGAUGAAAUGCGGCCUCGGUGGUUCAAUAUCGAUGCAUUACCAUUUGAAGAAAUGUGGCCCGAUGACCGUAUUUGGUUCCCUUAUAUGUUGAAUAGCAAACUAUUUUUUGCACAGUUUCAUUACAAAGGAUUUGAUUCCAUUUUAAAAUACAAUAUUGUGGAAUUACACUCAGUACAAGAUCUUUAUAAGAACCAUUAG